UGUCACCAGCACGGCACCAGUGACACCAGUACGGAACCAGUGUCACCAGCACGGCACCAGUGUAACCAUCACCACUGCACCAGUGUCACCAGCACAGCACCGGCACCGGGGGUGAUGCCGCUGCUGAGGAAGCCGCCGCGGGAGGACGAGGACGAUCCCCGGGACCCGUUCACCGCCAGCCCCGAGAGCCGCUUCCGCCGUCGGGCCACGCUCGAUCUGCUCGUGGGGCUCGGCCCGUUCGGGCGCUCCCGGCGCGGAGCCCCCCCAGGGCCGGGACCGGGACCGGGGCCCGGCGGCGAUGCCCGAGGCCGGCGCCGCUCCGAGGACCUCGGCCGGCGGCGCCGUAAGGAGGAGCCCGGAGGCUCCAAGCGGGGGUCGUGGCUCCGGCUCACGGUGCCCACCCCGUGGGGACAACGCGGGGCUGGUGCGGAGCGAGGGGGCACCGGGGACGGCACCGACGGGACGGGAGCAGGAGACGGGGACGGAGCCGCUCAGGGCACGGACGGGAGAGGGAAGGAGAAGGAGAAGGAGAAGGAGAAGGAGAAGGAGCCGCUGUCGGUGCUGGAGAUCCUGGAGCUGAUCCAGCGCCGGGAGCUGGAGGCUGCGGACGAGCAGAUCCUGGCGCUGGAGGCGGAGUGCGCGUCCCCGGGGCGCCAUGCGCGCGACCUGGCGCUGCUGCACCGCGCGCUGCAGGCUCAGCUCUGGGCCGCGCUGGCCGAGGCCGUGAACGCGGCUCGGCCGCUGCCGCUGCUGCGCUCGGUGGUGCGGGUGCUGCAGCGGGAGGAGGCCGCGGACCGGAGCCCCGCGCGCGCUCCCGCGGGGCUGCGCCCGCGGCGCCUGCGGCAGCGCUGGCACGAGGCGGCGGCGCGCGCGGCCGCGGAGCGCCUGGCGCAGGCGGCGGCCGCCGGCGGGGGCGCGCUCGGGGCCGAGCUGGAGGCGCUGGGGGCGCGCGUGCUGCGGGACCUGAGCGCCGUGCGCGCGCACGUGGCCCCCGCGUUCCCGGCCGCCUACGAGGCCGCCGCCGUCUACGCCCGCGGGUACCACCGGGCGCUGGCCGAGCGCCUCGGGAGCGCGGCCCGGCGCGCGCUCGGCGUCACCGAGCUCUACGUGCUCCUCGAGUGGAGCGGAGGAGCCUACGGCCGGGAGGUGCUGGGGAACCCUGAGGUGGGGCCUCUGCUGCAGGCACUGGGGCCCCCCCUGCCCCCCGAGACCCAGCGCAGCCUCGAGAGCAGCUGCAUCAGCGCCGUCAAGGCCAAGGUGGAGGCGGCGCUGGCACAGGAGCUGCAGCUCAGUGAGGACUCGUGGGCAGAGGAGGUCACCAACCAGGAGCUGCAGGAGGGGUUGGCCACGCGCGUCACCGGGCUGCUUCGGGCGCACGUGGACCGAGCCCCCCAGAUCAGCGCCGAGUUCGGCAGGGAGAUGGCACAGAGCCUACUGGGUGUACUGGUGACCUUCCUGCACAGCUUCCAGCGGAAGGUGGAGCGGUUCCUGGAGGCCCCCAAUGACUCGACCCCAACCGACGGCACCGGCGCCCGCGCCAUGGCCUUGGUCAACUGCUGCCCCACGUUCAGGAGCUUCACCGAGCGCCUGGCACAGUUUGGGCACCCGGAGGGGGAGGAGCUGAGGCGCCAGGCACAGGGAGCACUGGAUAAGGUGACCAGGAGCUGCAACCAGGUCCUCACCCAGCGCCUCUUUGAGGACCUCAAGCCCUACUUCAACAAGCUGAUGAAGCGCAAGUGGGUGACGAGCUCAGACGCCUUCGACUCCAUCGUGAUGCUCAUCACCAGCUUCGCCCAGAAGCUCUGCCCACUCCACCCGGAGCCCUACCAGGUGCUGGUGAGCGAGGUGCACCGCCGGGUGCUGUUGGCCUACGUGCGGCCGCUGCUGUCGGGGCGCGUGGUCUGCACCUCGGCCAAGGCACGAGCUCGGGUGGCCGCGCGGCUCAGCGACGAGGCCAGGCAGCUCCGGGAGCUCUUCAGCCGCCUGGACUCGGCAUCGCCAUGGUUGGACUCGGUGGUGCCGCGGCUGCGGGAGCUGCUGGUGCUGGAGGACACGGCUGCGCUGCAGAUGGAGGUCGGGGUCCUGGCAAGGGACUUCCCUGAUGUCCGGCGGGAGCACGUGGCAGCGGUGCUGGACGCGCGGGGGCUGCGGAGCCCCUCGGCCCGACACGAGAUCCUGGGGGUGCUGCGGGACGUGGAGCGGGGGGGGCCGGUGGCCCCGGUGGAGCCGGCGUCGCCAUCGCGGCACCGCGCGUUCUUUGCCGAGCUGCCGGUGCCUGGGGCCGGGCGCUGUCUGCCCUUCCAGCUCCCGCGCCUGGUGCCCAUGGCCAGGCUGCGGCGGCGGCGCCCGCGCCUCUGAGGCAGCUCCUGGGGGUGCAGCAACAGCCACUGGCACCACUGCAUCCU